AUGGAAACGUAUCCGCCUGGAAGUCCAAGAUAUGAUGACGUUUGGAGAGGCAAUUCUCCGGAUGUCAAGCAAGCCUACCCGGACCUCUCGCGCUCUCCGUACGAACUAAACGUGGGGUCAUAUCCUGUGACAACCAUAGAGUUUGACCCCGUCCCGAACGUCUUCACGUUCUCCCCGUGUGGGCCAUCAUACAGGGAAUUUUCCGCGUUUAAAGAGAAGUCUCCACAGGACAUAGCAGACGCCCUUCUCUCUUUGAAGCACGCAGUGGUACAUCCGGGUCUCGGUGGACAGUUAUCGCCUCUAUCACCAACCAUGCAUAUUGGCCAGGCACCUACUGGACCAUGUUCGAACAAUGGACAACAUCCCCAGAGCAUUGGGUAUGCACUCAAUCCCAACACACAGAUGCCACAGAACAUUUACCCUUCUCAACAGUCUCCACAAUAUGGCGUGCCCCCUUACCCCUGUGAACCACAGUCGAACAUGUUUCCUUCUAUGAGCGUUAGUGUAUCUAUGAGCAUGAAUGUAGGGAUGCCGCCUCACGGGGUCAGCAAUUGUCAGUAUAACCCAGUUCAUCACCAACAGUGGCCAAGCCCACAACAACAGCCACCGCCUCGGACGAUAACUCCCCAAUACCAACAUCCUCAGUACAACAUGGCGCCUCUCUCCCCUCAGUACAACUGUCCCCAGAAUCACUCAUAUCAAGCCUCGUAUCCCAUACCCUCGGAUUUACGACCUUUGUCUAAUUCAGAUUCUAGGGGAAUAUUUUACCGGCCUCACGAUAACUUGAAAGAGGCAGCGAGACUCUGUGCUGUUAAUCAUUGGAAAAGGUCAAAGUUCUUUGGCGGCCGACACGCACAUGCAACGUUACAAAGUGAAAAUAAUAAGGUCAAUCUGUGUAGGAUAUGUGGGAAGACGUACGCGCGCCCUAGUACGCUGAAGACACACCUGAGGACACACUCAGGUGAGAAACCAUACAGGUGUUCAACAUGUGACAAGUCCUUCUCUCAGGCAGCAAAUCUAACGGCGCACAUUCGGACACAUAGCGGCGAAAAGCCGUUCAGGUGUCCGAUCUGCGAUCGCCGAUUCUCACAGAGUUCAAGCGUCACCACGCACAUGCGCACUCACUCAGGGGAGCGGCCUUACAGGUGUAGGUUGUGUAAGAAAGCGUUCUCAGACAGUUCUACGCUCACUAAGCACCUCCGGAUCCAUAGUGGAGAAAAACCCUACCAAUGUAAACUUUGUCUCCUUCGUUUUUCACAAUCCGGUAAUCUCAACAGGCAUAUGCGAGUUCACGCUAACUCAUCAUAA